UUAAUUAUGCAAGUUGAUAGCAAAACAUAAUAUCUUCCGUGCUGUGUCUCCAUUGCAAUUCUCGGUCGUUGUGACAAAAAGGGGCAAAUAUUGGCGCUGUUCAUUUUCUUCAAUUUUCGCGGGAUUUCUUCACCUCUGCUUCUGUUGGAUGGAGGGUAGGCUGGCUGAAGAACUUUAUGCUGAAAGUUUACAAUUCUCAAAAUUAGAAUUAAGUUCAAACCAUGCUCAUAGUCACGAAGAUAAGUUAAACGAUUGUGAUGGUGAUCAUUUGAGCCUUGAUGAUUCUUUGUGGGAUGAUUCUGAUGACAAGGUGGAUAACUCAUCAGAUUUGGACAGGGAGUGGCAGCGGAGGCAUGACCAGUUUCAUACGAUUGGGUAUCGAGAUGGUCUUAUAGCCGGGAAGGAAGCUUCUGCACAGGAGGGAUUCAAUAUCGGUUUUAAACAAUCAGUCCAUGCUGGUUAUAGCUGGGGUGUUGUAAGAGGUGUAGCCAGUGCUUUUGCUCACCUUCCUGAUCAGUUAAAAGAAAAGUUGGUUGAAACACUAGAAAAGAGAAAUGAAUUCCAAGGGUUGUAUGAAUCAGUGCAAUCUUUGUCAACAACAGAUGCCCUUAGGUUGUUUCAUGAAGACAUCAAAGCACAAGAAGCUUCCGAACAAGAAACUUCACACAACUCUCCUCUGAAAAAUUAUCGUGGACAACUUGAAUCUCUGAUUUCUGAUUCUCCUGCCAUUGACAGUCAUUUACCUGAACCGAAAUAAAUGGUAAUAUGUUGUUGUAUGUAAAACACUUUAGGAAGGGUAAGGGCUUCUUGGUGGAAAAUAUCACACAUUUGCAUGACUGUAAAAACUUAUAAGUUGUUGUAAUUGAGUUCCUUCCAAAAACUCUUUUUUGGUAAUGAAAGCCAGAAUUUUUAUACAAACAAGUGUUCAUUUACUUCUUUCUUGGCAGAAACAGAAUUGUAAUUAAUCUUAAAUAGUUGAAACAGAAUGAGUUGUUUGCUUUUUCUUUCUGUAUACUUAA